AUGGCCUCAGAAGCGACCCCGACGGCCUACAUCAUGCCUUUAUCUCAAAUCGAGUGUGGAUAUCAUGCAUAUGAAGAUGCAAUCACCGCUAUUCAGGACCAUCAACGUCUCGAGGGCUUCGUAUGCACCAUCAGCAGCAAGCAACGCAAUCCUCGCACAACUUCGGUAGUAGGUCUCACGCUGCAAUGCAACCAAAGCGGUCGGUAUCGCCAAUGGUCAAAUAAAAAAGGCAUAUAUAAUACCUCGUCACAUAAGAGCAACUGUCCCUUUCGAGCCCGGAUUCGCUACAACCGUUACGAUAAUUUAUUUCAUCUCAAAGUCUUGCAUUCGUCACACAAUCAUGAUCGAAUCGCUUCCCUCAUUAGUUCAAGCGCGUUACGGCGACAAAGUCAGCAACGAUUCGGCCAGGAGAGGCUUCUUUCAUUAGUGGAGAUAAAAGCCCAAGGAAAACAACUAACGGCGCGGCAAAUUGCGGAACAAAUCACGCGUGAACAUCCUGGGCUUCUGAUCAACGCCCUGGAUGUGUUUAUUUUUAAGCGAAAGCUACGAUUAGGCAGAAAUCAGGCCGGAACAUCGACACAGGCCUCCGGUCAAGUUGAAGCCCCUAGAACCAGAGCGUCGUCAGUGGCAUCGGCGGCGGCAUCGGCGGCGGCAUCGGCAGCCGCAUCAUCAUCAAGCCGUAGCAGCGCAGGGGAACCGAGGAAACAGGAAAAGGCGCACGAGGAGGGCCUAAGGCGGCUCCAAGAGCUUCAGAAUGCUGUCGCAAAGUUGGCAGGCUCUGUUGAGGCUCUACAGGCCUCGCACCAAGCUACACAGGCUGCUUUGAUGCAACAUUAUUAUAUUCAACCGCCUCCUCAAGUUGCCCCUUCAACAGCAACUUGGCCGGCUGCAUCAGGUCACAUGGCUCAAUAUAACGGACCAUUUCAAGUAACAGCUCCAGCACCUCAAGUUUCGCGGACUCCUGGCCCAGGGCCAAGUCCCUCAUCUUCGCAGAUGAGUUCGCAAGCAGGCUCUAGCCAGCCCUUGAAAUGGACAUAUUACAGGCCUCAAUAG